AUGUUUGGAGAGACCUUCGAAACAAUGGAAGAAUAAUAUAAUCCAACAAUUAUUACAUAUUAAACAAGAAAGGCCAAGAAUUGUGCUGAUUAAAUGGAUAUGCCAGAGCUUCCAAGAAUAAAACAUUUUGCAGGCCUUAAAAAUUAAGGUGCUACAUGUUACUUGAACAGCUUAAUACAAUCAUAUUAUAUGUGUCCUGAGUUUAGAAAAGUCAUUCUUUAAUUACCAUUAUGCAAAGAAACAAUUGAAGAUUCAGCUAAUUUAGCUUAGAAUGAAAGCAGAAAUAGAUUCCUAUUAGAGUUUUAGAAGUUAUUCAUAAAAAUGUAGAGUUUGUAAUCAAAGGCAACAUCAACUGAAGCAUUGACUUCUAGUUUUGGUUGGAAUGAUGGUCAAUAAAUGUUAUAAUAAGAUGUGUCAGAUGCUAAUAAGUAAGAAUGAAAUAAAUAUACUUAAGAGUACUAUUUGAGACACUUGAUAGAUCCUUAUAUGGUACUCCUUUUAUUAUUGCACCAUUUUAUAAAGGAGUGGUAUUUCAUCAUAUAACUUGUUUGAAUUGCAAUAAUUCUCAUGGUAAUGAAGAGAUCAUGUAUGAUUUGAAUAUUUAAGUGGAAGGCAAUAAAAAUUUAUCUGAAGGAUUAUUCAGUUAUAUUAAUCCAUUUUUAUUGGAUGGUACCAAUUAAUAUUUUUGUGAUAUAUGUGGUUUUAAAGUAAUAUAAAUAUUCAAUAUUAAUAGGUAGAUGCAUUGAAAGGAGACAAGAUUAGGAAAUUACCAUCAAUAUUGACUAUAACUUUGAAUAGAUAUACAUUUGAUUAUGAAAGAAUGCAAAGAGUGAAAUUAAAUGAUAGAUUUGAAUUUCCAUUAGAAAUAGAGAUGGGAGCAUAUUUAGAAAAUCCAGUUGAUAAUUUGAUAUAUGAGUUAUAAGGUAUAAUAAUUCAUAGAGGUAAUGCUCAUGGAGGACAUUAUUUUGCUUAUUUUAGAGAUUUAUUGGAUGAAGGAGAUUGGUUAUCUCACAUUCCAGAAUAUUGGUAAGAGAAAGUAGAAUGUUAAUAAUAAAUGAAAAAAAAUGAAGAUGAGGUUGAUUAUGAUGAAGUUUAAUUGCCAUUUGAGAUUAGUAAUCCUAAGGUUGCAUAAGGAUGGUAUGAUUUCAAUGAUAACUCUGUUAUUCCUAUACCUGUUAAUAAGAUAUAAAAAUAAUAUUAGGGAUCAGAGAGUGCUUAUAUUUUGAUUUAUAGGGAUAGGAAUUUGGUACCAUCUAAAUUAUCAAAGGAGGAGAUACCUAAAUAUCUAUAUGAUUAUGUGAAUAAAUUAAAUGAAAAGAUUGAAUAAGAUAGAUAGGUUUAUGAGGAAGCUAAAUAACAUAUUAUUAUAACAGUAGCAGAUGCUUCAAUUAUUGAUUUAUAAAAUCAUAAAUUAUUAGAUGAGAAAUAUGAAAAAGUAACAUAUAAAUUAAGAUUAUCUUAAAAAAUUUAAUAAUUAUAUGAAUAAAUUAAUAAAGAUGGAUAUUGGCUCUUAGAAUUUUAAGAAAAUUAUUAAAAUAAACUAUUACAUUUUCCAAGAUAUUUAAAGAAUUUAGAAAGUACAUUAGAAGAAGAAAAGGUUGAACAUGAAUCAACUUGGAUAUUGGUUAAGAAAGAUUAAGAUAUUCCUUAAGUAGGAUUGUAAAAAGUACCUUAUAGACUUAAUUUAAUCAUUAAUAAACAACCUUAGUCUUUUUUAUUGUAUAUUUCAACUACAUUAUUGGAAUUAAAAUAAUUGAUAUUUGCAUUGUGUGGAAUUCCUGAAAAUGAAUAAGAAUUAAGAAAUGUUCAAAAUUAAAAAAUAAUAUCAGAUUUGAGUGAUGAAACAUAAUUGGGAGAUAUGUAAUUAACUUUUGAAACUUAAAUAUUGGUUAAGAAAAAGAUGCCAGUUUAGAAUGUUAACAAAAAUGAGAAAGAUUUAUAAGUAGGAGAUGAUAUUGUAUCAAUUUUAGUAGAAUAAGGUGAUAAAGUUGGAGUUUCUAAAUUUUGUAAAGAUUUAUUUCUUAUUUAUUUUAGAUGUGAAUAUGAAUUAGACUGUUUAAGAAUUGAUUGAAUUUAUUAAGGAAUAAUUUGGAAUAAUUGAUGCUCAUAGAUUAAGAAAUCUUAAUGGAUCAAUCCUAUUUUGUAAGACUGAUCUUUCUAUUUAAUUAAAGGAAUUUUAGGAUUUUAGAGAAGGGUAAUUUGUUAUUAUAACAAUAUUUUAGUGGAGCAAGAUUAUAAAUAGAAAAGGGAGAAGUUCCUGAAAAUGGAAAGAUUUCAAUAGUAGUUCAAUAUAAGGAAUAGAAUAUAGAAAUACAUGUUGAUCCUAGAGAAGAUAAGAUUGAAUAGAUUAAAUUAGAAUCAUGCAAAUCUUUUAAUUUGGAUUCUUCUUAACAUAGACUUUAUAAAGUAGAUUGGUUAUAAGUUGCAUCUGAAGGAUUAACUGAUGAAACUAAAACAGUUUCUUAAUGUUAUUUAAGAGAUAGAGAUUUACUUAUGUUAUGUGAUAAAACAGCAUAAAUUGAUUGUGAAUUGAUAAGAUUCCAACUUUAUUCAACUACUACUGGUUAUCCUGAUGAUUGUUUAUUUUAAAAACAUGAAACUAUGAGAAAAGAUGCCACUUUAAAAGAUUUGAAAUAAAUGAUUAUUUCUACUUUUGGAUUGAAUAUAGAUAUUGAUCAUUUAAGAGUAAGAGAUAUCAAUAAAAACAGAUUUUUUGGAUAAGUUUUUAGAAAAUUAGAAUUACCUUUAUAAAAAUUAUAAUUCUCUACUAAUGAUAUUGUUUAUUAAGUUUUAAAUAAUCCAGAAAAUUUAAAAGAUGAUGAAAUGCUCUUAUUAAUUAAAUAGAGAGAUCCUAUAAAUAAAGUAUACAUCAAACCAUAAGAAUUUAUUUUUAAAACAUCUAAGACUCCUACUCUAAAUGAUUUGAAAGAAUAGAUCUAAAAUUUUAUUGGAAUUGAAGAAGGAAAUGAAAUACAAUUAGCUAAAUUUAUUAUUUAUGAAUUCUAAUGGUUACAUAUAAACCCUAAUGGUCUAUAGAAAUAAUAAUAAGGUAAAAGUAAAGGUAAACAGGGUAAAUAAGGAAAUUAAAAUAAUAAUAAAUAAGUUUAAUAAACUUAGAAAUAAUAAUAAUAAAAUAUUUGUGAUAAUUUAAAAAAAAAUCCAAUCAAUUUAGGAGAAGGAGGUAAUAAAUAUUAUAUUCAAUUAGAUUUUAUUGGUUACAGAAUUGGCAAUCAUCCAAAUGAUGACUUCCAAACUAAAGAAGAUAAUGAAGUAUAUAUUUAUAAUUAAACUUUAUUAGCUAAGAGAAAGAAUGAUUGCUGCUCGCAAAAACAAACACAAUGCUUUAGGAUCAAUUAAAAGAUAGUAAGAAUAAGGUUUUGUUGUAGAUAUUGAGUGAUA